UCAAAUUAAAUUGGAGGGAUAGUUGAGAGGUUUCGCAUGAUUCUGGUGUGGCAGUAAGGAUUUUUCACUGGCAUUAUCAACCGCCAUGGUAGCAGCAUAGCCCUACCUUCAAGUCAAGUUUCAAGGUUUUUUGGUCAAAUUAACGAUUUCUACAGGUUUUUACAUCCCCGAUCGCUUGCGAUCUGUGCUUGGCGAAACCAUGGACAGAUUUUGUGGCGUCACUCGAAUGGCGGUGUUUCUUGUUGUUUUAUUGAGUGAGGCGAUCUCUAUAGCCGUAGCUUAUCGACCGGGGGACAUCGUUCCCAUGAGCCGCAUGGGCCAAUACCACUCAAGUAGAACCGUUUGGCAUGAUAUGAUCGGCAAGCAUUGUCCGAUGUUCGCUGUUAAUCGUGAGGCGUUGAUUCCUAUACCUAAGCCCACUGGAUACACUGGAGCUGACCCGUACAAAAUAUCAUUCCAAGUUGGAAGAGAAAAGUUUUAUGUCCCAUGGCUUUUUGUGAUAAACCGAAAGAGUUCUAAUGUCCCAAUGAUUGAGAUGCAUCUGAGAUAUUCAGGGGGUGAUUUGCUUGGGGUCACUGCAAAAGUUAUAGAUAUGCCUAACAGUUAUGUAGAACUUCAUCCUGAUAUUCGUAAACAAUUUUGGGAUCAGCAGCAGUGGCCAAAGCACAUUCUUGUGCGAUACACUUGGGAUGAACAGUCAGAGAUAGAUGUGGCAUCUGGCUUUUAUUUUCUAUUUGGGUCAGGGCUGAUGCUUUCUGUCAUUCUUGCAAUCUAUGUUUUACAGUCAUCUCAAGAUAAAUUGACAAGGUUUGUGAAGGAGACUGUAGCCGAAAGCAGCAUGCCUGCCGGGGGAGUUGCUAAAGUCGAGUGAUCUUUCCUUGAAAAACAAGGUGUGUGCGCCUGCCGUAGAUGUGAUCAAUUUCUCUUGGAAACUGCUACUUAUCCUGUGAAAGAUUUCAGCCCACAUUGGUAUCAUGACUGAUCGCGAAUCAUUUUAUCAAAACAUUUAAUGGGUUGGUAUUGAGUUAGAUUGGAAACUAGAAAAUCUUAUGGAAUCUGACUGCAUCCAAUAGGCUUAUGGGAAGGCCUGCUCAGGGCUAUUUCCAUAACUGGAUAAUACCUGGAAUCUAAUAGUAUUGGUAAUUAUAGGAUAUAUUCGGAUUGAGUAUUGCAUAAUGGCCUUUGGCCCAAAUGCAUUAUUCACGCAAUAUCCAUUUCAUUAUAAUUCAGCUGUUUAAGUUUGGUUAUAGAGCAGAAAGUGAUCUUUCUUCCAUUGUAAUAUAAUUCUUUUUUUAACCUGA